UAUUCACAAUUAGCUUAUUAUUUUGUUUUACGUAUAUACAACUGUAAGUAUCAGCCCUACAAGUGGCAUUUACGUUAUCGAGAUGUUCUUGGCAUCAGUCAAUCUGAGCUGAUUCAAGAGCGCGUCCGCAGCAUCACCCGUCUCUUAUCACAGCGUGUUAUUAGAAUGGAUGAAAAAACAACAGAUAUCGAUCCAGAGGCAGGAGCUUCACAGACAGAAGAUAAAAAUGGCAACUCAAAGGUCUUGAAACGCCUUGAAACUGUUCCGGAUAUUAAAAGAGACACUUCCGGCAUCACCACACAAUACAUCGCCACUGGAAUCGUGAAUCUUGGUGCCUUCGCUGCCGGAGCUUGCGUAGCGUGGUCUUCUUCAGCCCUGCCACUGUUCACGACUGGACAAAUAGAGACACCGGGCAUUCCAGUCACCAACAACGGAACUCAUCCCAAACUAGUCCUGACAGACAGUGAGGCUUCAUGGGUCGCUUCAUUACUGUGUCUAGGAGCACUAUGGGGCGCAGUACCCGCUGGGCUCAUCUCAGAACACUUCGGAAGGAAGAAGACUUUGCUGUAUCUCGCUUUACCUCUUCUUGUCUCCUGGAUCCUAGUCGCUUCAAGUCCCAAUGUGUACGGUAUGUACGUUGGUCGGUUCGUGGGUGGGAUUGCUGUUGGAGCAUUCAGCGUCGGCAUCCCUCCAUACGUGGAAGACAUCGCAGAAAUACAAAACCUACCAGCCCUCGUCAACUUCUACCACGUACAUUUCUCUUGCGGUGUCCUCUUUGGAUAUAUAAUUGGUAUGGUCCAAAGUACGUCUUGGCUGUCGGUCUUAUGUGCCAUCAUACCAAUCGCAUAUUUUAUUGCUUUUAUCUUCCUGCCAGAAUCUCCGGCGUAUCUCAUAUCUCAAGGAAAAUCUAGCCAAGCAGAAGCUGCAUUGCGGUACUUUCGUGGAAUUGAUAAUAACGUUGAAGCCGAACUGAAGGAAUUAAAAAAAUAUACAAGGAAUACUGCGAAAAACCGUGUGACAUUUAAAGAACUGUUCAGUACGAGAUCGACUUUGAAAGCUCUCGUUGUUUCUUUUGGAUUGAUGAUUUUCCAACAACUAAGCGGCAUUUAUCCUGUAUUAUUUUACGCAGAAAAAAUCUUCAAAAAGUUUUCCAUAUCGCUGUACCUGCCCGGCGCUACUAUUAUUUUGGGCUUUUGUCUCGUAUCGUCUACCUACUUCUCCACAAUGUUCGUGAAAAAAGUGAGACGACGUAUUUUGUUAAUGGUAUCGUUUUCAGUGAUGUUCCUUAGUUUGGCAGGCUUGGGUGUUUAUUAUCACUUAAAGGCAUCUAACAUCAUAUCUGACAGUACGUGGGUGCCGGUACUCACUCUCUGCAUAUUUGUAUCUGUAUACGCGGUCGGUGCCGGACCUAUACCUUGGUUGAUGUUGAGAGAAAUAUUCCCACCGCAAGUGAGGAGACGAGCCACAGCCAUCACAGCUGGAUUCCAUUGGUUUUUGGCAUUUGGGGUAACGAAAUUAUAUCAGAAUUUCCUUGACGUGGUAAGCCUUGGGUGGACGCUUUGGAAUUUCUCUAUUAUCUGUCUCAUAGGUACAGCGUUCGUUUAUUUAGUUGUACCCGAGACAAAGGGACGAACGCUAGAGGAAAUUCAAAAUCAAUUUGAAGGUAUUCACAAGACGAAAACGCAUAUACAUGUCAUAGAGGUAGAAACUAUAAACGGAUAGAUAGAUCAGUAUUCAUAAAGGAUCCUUGCAAACCAGUGAUGUGUUAUUUGCUAGCAUUUUUAAUAAUAAUUUUGUAGAUAAAAAUUAAAACAAUAUUAUUCAUAAAGAACGGCAUUGAAGAAGUUAGAAUAAUAAUAUUUAUUAAGUCUGUAAGCUGUUUAGAAUAAUCAUUAAAAUAGAUAUGUUUCCUUUAUCAAAUGUUUAAAUAUACUGAGAAAUAUAUUAUAAUACAUUUAUAAAUAUAACGCUUUAUAAAACGGUUUUCAUGGUGUGUGUUACGUGUAUGUAUGUAUUUAUUUAUGGUCUAUAGAUUAAGUAUAUAAUUAAUUAAUUUUAAAUAUUUUUUCCUUAAUUUAAAAGAAAUUAUUUACAUUUAAUAAAAAAAAUAUAAAAA